GUUUAAAUGGUUUAGAUUUUUUAUUCUGGUUAGUAUUUUUUUAUCAGGCUUAUUUUCUGCGGGAUGAGGUUUCUGAUCCUAUGCCCAACAAUUCUCCUUUGUGUGGGCUGGAGACCGGCAGUAACCCUAGAAGUGCUACAGGCGGCGUUAAGCAUAUUGAUACUUGUUUGUCAUGUGAUUUAUCUUAUAAUCACAUUCAUUGUAUGAAAAUUAGCAAAAGUAUUCCUGUAGUUUUUCAUCUACCCAAGGAAAUAGCGUUUUUUGCCACAAAUAAAGGAAGUGUUAGUUACUCGUUUCCGAUAUCACUUAAUUCCUUCUUAGGGUUAUAAUUUUCUCCAUAUCUCUUUUAUGCCCCUGCUGCAAUCUUUUAUACUGGCUUUAACUGUUCUAUAUGGCCAUAAUUUUAAUCCGACGUUGUUGUAGCUUAUCGGUCUGGACAUAAAACUGGUGAGUUAUAACUGUACAUAACUUACUGAAUUUUCAAUAAAAAAGUAGAAAUCACCACUUACUGUUGCAUUAGCGCGGAUCAUAUUUCGGUGUAUGAACUCACUCUACUGACUUUCUAUUUUAGCGCAUCUUCAUCUUUUGUUUUCUCUCCGUGUGCUGUAGUAUUUGUAAAAUGUAGUAAUCCGUAGCAGUACACUGUAGUCCCAAGCUUUAUGUUUUGUGUUCGUUAAUAAUAAAAUACUUUUCAAAUUUAUGUUGAAUUUUAAACUUGUUUGUUAAAUGUUUUUCUUUUAGUCAUACAUUACACUUGUGAAUCAAUAAAGAUGUUUGAUACACUUGCGUCUUAAGUGUAUCUGCUGAACUUAUCUAAUGAGUAAAUAUGUAUGGAUUUUUUUAGUUACUACUUAUGUUUUUCAAAGCUAUAUCCAAUUUUGGUUUCUCGUAAUGACAUAGUCAAGAAUAAUUGUAUUUCCGAUUGCUUUUAGACGCCAUCUAUUGAUUCUAACAUCACUCAGAGUCUCUCCACUUUUGAACAACCUACAGACCGGGCAAACAGUUCAGGUGUUUCAAGUUUGUGGCAAGAAGUGGUUGCUCGUCUCGAAGCUUCGGUCGAACAAGAUAUAUGCUCAGAUGAUCCAUUAUUAGUAAUAAAAUCUAUUCGGAUUCUUCGUCAAUUCGUUGUGGCUAGUGUAAUGAACAAGCUGGUUGUUGGAAAUAGCUCUGUUCUUCGUCCUCGGUUGCUCAAUUCACUUGGUCGUUUAAAUCAAUGGUCUGCCACACAUAUCAAUGUAUGUAUUGACUUAUUUGGCUUGGUCAACAGUCUAGUUCGAGAUUGUUCUUCAUUGUCAGAGGAUAUUCUUAAUCACCCGGAACUUUUGACUAAUUUCAUGAAUUUAAUUUUAAGUGAGAAAACAGAUCCGAUGGUUCGUGAAGCAGAUUUAUUAUUCCUGCGUAGUCUUUUCAGAGCUGGAGACUUGGGUUCAGUAGUUGUACAAUCACCUCGAGAAAAAAUUGCUAUCGAACUUUUCACAGAAGCGACAUUACAAGUAUUGAUCAAUUCACUUUUAUUCAGUUUUCCCGAUACAAUUUCGGAGUGCACCACCACCAACAAUAGCAACAAUUCGGUCUUAUCAUCCAAUCAAUCUGCCCUUGUAUUAACAGCAAACGCUAGAUGCUCACUUAUAGAAAUUUUAUCCGUAUUAUCUACAAGCUGUGAACUAGCUGAACGUCUUCAUCGAUGCGGUGCAUUGAAUUUGUGCCAUCAAAUCAUCAUGUUCAUUUCAUGUAGGCAUCGCCUCUGGUCAGGUGAUCAACCCAAAUCAAACUCAAUGGAUCGAGGGAAAACUCUAUGCAAUCGUAUUGGUUGUAAUCGUACUAUUAGUCCAAGUAACCAACUGGCUGCUAGAUUUUCACUGAAAUUGAUGUUACAUCUAUUUUUCCAUUUACCAAAUGCAUUAGAUUCAUUUAAAAAAAUUUACAAUGAAGAAGAACCGAUUAAAUUAGUUGCCUGUUAUAGUCAUUUAACAGGAACUAUGCCUCCAGUAUUACCUAAUGUUUGCUAUUCAACACCGCGUUAUCAACGUACCAAGCGAGUUCUUAGUGGUAAUAUCCCAUCAACUUAUUCUACUAAUAAUACUCCUAUCAACCAUGAUACUUCAUCAGGUACAUCUACUGUCAUUUUUACAUCUCCCAAUGAAUCUAAUCUUGAAGUUGCAUCUCGAAAAUUUCAUCAGAACUCCGUUGAUUCAACUGCAUCGACUGACAGACAAUCAGGAUCAUCAUGUCCUGUUGAUAGUCGUAUAACUAUUUCAACGUGUUCUUGUGUACCAUUAGACCAUGGGACGUUUGCUCUCACUGGUCUACUUCGUGGUUUAAUUUAUUGGCGUUUAGCUAAUCAGUAUGCUAAUUCACAGACAGUUGAGGCGAUAGAUCAAUUCGGAACUCAUGUAAUCACUUCUGCUGGUCUAGGAAUUACUGGGGAUGAUAUUGCUUUAUUAAUCAUUCAGCCACUUACAGAAAGUUGUCUUCAUUUAGAAGCAACACGUAUAAUGACAUGGGUAUGUCAUGUUCUAGUUCUUGUUUUGGAUAAAAGUCCAGAAUUGCAUAUGUGGACUGUAUAUACUAAUUCGUUUGUACGUGAAGUAGACUAUCGUGUUACAUCUUUAUUAAAAGCUGUUCAAGAAGCAUCUGAUACUCAAAGUCAUACACAGUUUUUGGAGCAUUUAAUUCCAUUGGUUAAAUUAUUUUCUUGUCUGGCAUCUGGGCAUGAAUCCACUCGAAUACUUGUUGGUGAACUAACGAUGUGCAAAAAACUUAUAGACUUUGCGAUGCGUUUAAAGUCAUUGGGUAGUGAAAAUGCAAAUCUCGUAUUGCAAUUUCAGCAUUCUAUUGUUGUCCUAUUACAUGUACUAUCUCGAUCAUUCAGUUUACAUCAUACACUUUUUAAAAAUCAAACAAUUGGACGAUAUUUAUUAAAAAUAAUUGAUGAUAAUCUGCCGAAUACAAUUAAAGGUUCUUAUCUAAGUGCGAAACUAGUCGAAGCAGCUUCAUCUACCUUAAUCAACCAAGUACUUCCAAUGUGUCCGUUGAAAGAAACUUUAAUUGAUGAUUUUAUCAGUGUUUUCAUCCGUUUACUGACAAUUGGAAAUGUACAGUCAUCAUCUCUGUUAAUAACUAAAGUUGAAUCAAACAGUCAAUCAAUCAAUACAUACGAUGCUGAUAGUUUUAAUAAUAAUAUUAGUGACAAUAGUAAUAAUCCUAGUACUAAUGAUAACUCAUCUCGUCCUUCAGUAACAAAAUCUAACUUAAAUAGUCCAGCAACAACAAUGACAAAUCAUCAGUUUCAUGAUAUUAUACCAGUAUUACAUUUGAAUGGAAUAUGGGGAUUAAGUAAUUUAUUGCACACCGCUAAUUCAAGUGUUUGUAUAAAUCUCUUUCAUGAAUUAGUUAAUAAAGGUGUAUGGUUAGAAUUACUACAGUUGGCUUCAUCGAUACCAAAUAAUGAAUUUAAUUUUUCGUUUCCUAUGAAAAAUGAAUGGGAAGGUAAUAUGAAAAUAACUAAUUUCGAUAUGAAUUCAGGAAAUAGAGUUCCUGUAAUACCAGGAAUUAUGGUAUCACAUCAAAGUACUGAAAUUAAAUAUAUUGGUGAAUUUAAUCAAAGCAGUGAAAAAAUCAAUAAUGAUCAUUCGAAACAGAAAUACCAAACAAAUUUAAAUUUAUUAAAUCGUUCCAAUACUACUCAUCAUUAUAAUCAGCAUCAAUUAUUUUUGUCGAAUAAUACACAAUCUAAGUUUAAGUUUUCUAAAAAUAGUGCACAAAUUCAUAUUUUAAUUGUUUAUCAAACAUUGAGCUUUUUACGCAAUCUACUUCGUGAUGAACAAUUCAUAGACACUGUAGUGAGUGAGCAUUGGUGGAAUAUCACUCAAUUUAUAAUUGCUGUAUUGGAGUCGAACUAUCCUCAACCCGUCAAAGAACAGGCUGUACUUGUGAUCGCACAUAUUGCCACUGGUCGAACUGCACGAUGCGAAGUUCAUAGAAAUGGAGAUUUAGUUGAAAAACUCACAUUAUUUAUGCGUUCACAAAAUAGUUACACAAAAGCUGCUGCAUUGACUGCAACUUAUAAUCUUUUAGGCUUACAAACUGAAUGUCUCGAUUCUUGUGGAUUAUUGAGCGCAUUUAAGGUGAAACAUAAACCAUAUAUUUUAUCGCAUAGUAGACGUUUAAGAGUUCAACAUCAUCGUCAUGAAACUCAUCAUCAUCACCAUCAUCAUGGAAAAAAACAAGAUCUAGGCAAUCAAUCAACAUCUUUAGUAUCUUGUAGUAUAAAUCGUUGUGAAACAUCAACAUGUAUGGCUCAAAAUGCUUUAGAAGAAGAAGUUGAGGAAGAAGAACAACAACAGCAAGAAAAUGAAAAUCAAGACAUAAUUGUAGAAGCCAGUGAUGAUUUUAUCAGUGAAAAUAUAUCAUCUGAACAAACUUCUAUUGUACCUCAAACUUCUGAUACUGCUAUAUCUUUCAAUAUUGAUGAAAAUGAUGAUAAUGACAACACUGAUCAAUCUAGAUUACGUACACUUCGAAGACGAAGAUAUUAUCGAUCAUGGCAAGCAACUUCACCUUCCAUGUCAGAUAAUCACGAACUAUUAGAAAUAAAUGAGCAAGAAAGACAACUUAAUGAACCAUCCACUGAAAUUACUCGAUCACCAUCUUCACAUUCAAGAUCAUCGUCAUCAUCAUCAUCGUCAUCUGGUACCUCUUCGACCUCAUCAUGUGUAGGUGAAACCAGUGUUGGUACUGAAUUGACAAAUUUACAUCAAUCAGUUAUAGUUGAUAUGUGUAGUAUGUCAUCGCCUAGUUGUACUGAUGAAGAUGUGGAAGAUAUAAAUCAACACGCUGUUACACUAAGUUCUCUAUCACCCACAUUAACGAUAAGUGAUCGAGCUCCAUUAGCUGACGAAGAACAUGACGAAGAUCGUGGUACUACAGCGGAAAUGCAACAUUCAGGUAUGACAGAUUCAGAUUUGCUUAGUCCAUUAUCUUCAUCUAGUCAAAAAUGUGAAAUAGGUUCAAAUCCAGAUGAUGUUUCAAGUACAGAAUGUCUUGAUCUGAAUAGUUCAGAACAAAUCAACAACAAUACAACACAGAAUAUUUUUAAUAAUAAUACGGACAAUAGCAAUAAUAAAAACGAUGAUAAUAAUGCCAAUAAUGGAAAUCUCCCAUCUACUUCUCAUCACCUUUCUCACUCUACCAUUUCAACGUCAAAUUCUCGUCGAGAUUGGGAAACCGGAUUUUGUCAAAUUUUAUUACCUUUCUUACAAGAAUUAGAUUCAGAUCAGAUAUUACGUAGUACAUGGGAUUGGUUAAUGUUAUGCGCUAAUAAAGAUGGUAAACCCGUAUUUUUGAAUAGUUUAUUUCAUGCAUGGCAACGAUUAUAUACAAAUAUACCAAAUUUAACUACAAUACAAACGCUACAACCUGAAAUAGCUCAGUCUUCAUCUGUCAGUAAUGAUAAUAACAAUAAUAUUACUGUAAGUGAAUUUCUAAGUAAAAUUAAAGAAUCAAUGGAAACAGGCACGUCACCUAACUCAUUAUUGAUUAAUUUGCCACGAUAUUGGGAAAAUCGACAUCGCCACCGAUGUCGACGUCAACACCGCCACCACUGUCACCAUCGUCACCGUCAUCGUGUACGUCGACAAAAUCAACAACACUCUACUACUACCACAGAUCGACCGGAAUCAAUUAAUACAGUCGACACAAAUUCACCAGUGCCUCCAUCAACAUCAAAUGAAAACCUUGAACAAACAGGUUAAAUAUUUUGGAAAUUUUCUUUUCUUUGAGAGAGUUAUGUUUUUGUUUCACAUUGGAAUGUUUGUUUUGUUUGACUUUUUUCAGGUAUUUUUUCGAUUGUUUAUUUGGUUUUCAUUUUACAUUUCGCCUCAAUAAGUGUGGGUAUGUGCGUGCGUGCGUUUAAUUGUAUUCAGAUACAUUGAGAAUAAUACGCACAAUCAUACUUUCGUAUGUUUUGCACUAUUUCAUGACACUGUACACACUUUUGAGUUUUAUUGUUUGUUUUUUUAAGAAUAAAACCAGUAAACCGGCAACAGAAAUAACCAUAUUUCAAUGUUUUUCUUGUGUCUUUCUAAAUAAACUCACAUUAUGAUCAUUAUUUAUAUUAUGAUAAUGUUUUAUGUGUAUUGUUCCUUCUUCUAAUUAUUACUUAUCUGAUGCACAUGAAAUUUUGUUUAUCACUCUUAUCAUCUCAUGAAUAUCAUCAAAUCGUCAUCAUCACCAUUCCUAUUAAAUUACCCUUGAUUGAUUAACUUCUUGUUAUUGAAAAACACGUAAACAAACAAGUAAAAGCAAGCAAAUGAUCAAACCAAAUUCUUUUAUUCGCUAUAAUGAUAACGAUACUAAUUAUUUUUCAAGAUGUAUGAAGUAUGCAGAUUUCGGGUUUUUUUUAAGAGAAUGUUUUUAUGUACGGGAAGAAAGCCUAUUAUCUUUAAUUUUUCUGUCUUGAUUACAUAGAUAUUGUCAUUAUGUUUUUGCUAUCCACUUAUAAUUCUUAUUAUCACCGUUGCUAAGACCCUAAAAUGUGUCAUAUCCGCAACUCUUUCAUAUUUCCCUUUCAUCUCACCCUUCCUUUCCUAUUUCGUCCGUAUGUAUGCAAAGCAUAUACAGACAGGAAAGGUGCAUUGUUUGUAAUUUGACUUACAUUUUCUUAAAAGAACACAAACAUUGAAAUGUAUUAUUGUGUAAAGUACAUUUCAAAGAAAUUCAAAUUAUUGUUAUCAUUUUUUGUUAUUUACUAGUGUCAUUACGGUUACUAGAUGAAUCGUAUACAUAAUGGAGUGAUUUUACAAAAAAACAAAAUCUUAUUACUAUUAUCUCAUUAUUCCAUUUUGUAUAUUUCAUAUUUAAUGAUUGAAAAUAUGGUAUAUAUACAGUGAUUUGUUUUAGCCUACUAUUCCCCUUGUUUUGUUUGCUUCUCACCCACCCCCCACCCCAAUUAUUAAUUCGUUUACUGUCAAGUUAAUUCAAAAAUUAUUAUCCAUUAAACUAUCAAGAAGUGAAUAAAAACGUAAAGACCAAUACACAAUGACAUUAUGUAUGUAACAUGAUUAAUUCAAAAUGUUGUCAGAUUGUAAUAAUUUUAACUUGACAAUUAAUUUAAAUUGAAACUCAUCAUUCAACUAAGUUCAUUUCAAACAGACAUGAAUAAUUCAAAUGACUAGUUAAAAGUUUAUGUGAUAAAAAUUUCUAUGAAAAUAAAAUAAUAAUAGAUGCAUUUUAUUCAUAUUAGUUUCCUUUUCUUUUGUAGUAAAUAAAUUUUUGUGUGAUCACUUGUUGUUUUUUUUUGUUGUUGUUGUUUUGUUACUUAUUUAUGUUAGGUUUUAUAGGUUAUGUAUAUGUAACCUAUAAGUAUAUCUAAAUAACAUUUAGCUAAUUAAAAAAACAAAACAAUCAUUAUACUGUGCCUGAAUUCUUGUAAAUAAUCUUAACAAUCAGUUGAAUUUUUCAGCUUGUAAAAUGUAUUGUGUAACCAACCGGGUUGCAUCAAUUUUUCACAAUGUUUUUUUUGGAGAAAAUAUUACUGUUUAUUGAACAAGCUGUAUUAUUGUUGCAGCUAUAUCAGAGUUAUUUUACAGUUUCGUAACAAGUGUUGACUGAGACAUUAUUAUUGUUAUUGUAAAAUGGGAUUAUUUGAGCUUGAUUAGGUAAUGUUUCUGAUCCCCCUCUUCCAUAAAUUUUAGUGAUUGUAUUUCAGUCAUCUAGGAAGAUGAAAUUCUCACCAGAAUAAUAGCUUGUAUAUUUUCCAUAACGUUUCAGGUUAUAUUCUUUAAAUGUAUGUUGAUGGUGG